AUGUCAUGCUUUUAUUUCUACUGUUGUGGGUUCGGUUGGGAUGAAUCGAGCGACGAUUACAAGGUUUUUGCGAUUGCGGCUAGAGCUAGCGGCAAAUCUAUAUAUUGGAUAUAUAGCUUGAAGAGUGAUUCUUGGAAGGAAUCAGAGGAAGUGAAGGGUUGGGAUUCAUGUAAGAAGGCUGAUCGUCCUCAAAAUAAAGGAAGUGAAAUGGGGAUGUUUGCAAGUGGGAGUCUUCAUUGGGAGACGACUGAUAGACGAGGCAUGGUUGCUUGCGACUUGAAGACAGAGGUGUUGGGGGCGGUGGAGCUGCCGGAGUGCCGGGGGAGCUGCCGGUGGGAGGGUAUCGGGGUGAUCGGAGAAUGCCUUUCGGUGUACUACUGGUGCAAGGAUUCGAGUUCGUUGGAUAUUUGGAUGAAGAAGAAGGAGUCUUGGGAGAAAGCUAUGGUUCUUGAUCAGUUCUGUAGUCCUCUCCAUAUUUCUCCGGUCUUGGCUCAUUUUUGGAGUGGUGGUGGGUUUUUGUUGAUCAAAAUGGAGAAUUUGUUGGUUUUUGAUAGGAAAGGGUUUAGGGAUUUGGUUUCGUUGAGAUCUUCUCAUGUCCACAUUGAAAGUUUAGUCUCACCAUUAGAGUUCUAG